AUGUCACCCCAAGCCAUUGCGAAUAGGAUCCCCGCCGGUCCAAUUUUCAGUCGGACUCACAAGGAAUCGAUAUCUCAAGAUGCAGUGGAGAAAAUUAUUUUGCGCAAGGAAACCAUGUACCCUGCUACACCCUCCCAAGAACGAUUUUAUUCUUCAGCCCAGCAAUUCUUCUUCAUGACGAUAGCACUUCCCGAUUAUAUCGAAUAUUCUUAUGACCGACUGUCGCUGACAUGGCAGGCCGUCGCGGCCCAUCAUGUUUGUCUGCGAAGCUCCGUCUUCCUAUCCCCGGAGACGGGCAGAGCAUUACAUCGUGUAAGAAUGGAUAUUCCCCGGCCGCUCCCCCUGACAAAACUCGACUUUGAGAUAUCCUUCUGUGAAAACACGGCAUUUUUAGCCUAUGUUGAAGGCGAGACGCAAAAAGAAGUUGAUGUCCUAGCAAUAUUGUGUAUUCCUCAAGUUCUUGUUGAUGCCACUUCCCUAGGCACAAUCAAAACCGAUUUCAUUCUAUUUUACAGCGGUUUUCCCUGUGCGGAUCAUGUGCCAUUCGCCAGCUUUGUUCAGCAUAUCGCUCGGAAAGACCAGGCAGUCAGCAGACAGUUUUGGCAGGAAAAACUUCAACAUAUUGAUGUUUCCCCGAUCUUGUUCCUCGACCAGAUUAGUUCUGCAGCUUCUCAUGCUUAUCAGUCCAUUACAUUAGAGGGUCUUUACCCAGAGAGUGGUCUCCAGAUGCCCGAUGACACGCCUCGGGAAUUAUUUGAAGCAGCCUGGGCAUCUUUACUUGCACUUCAUUCUGGCUCUGAGCAGGUUGUCUUUGCGGGGAUUGGGAGAGAUAAGAGUUUCUCGAACAUUGAUGCUUGUGUCGGUCGAGUGGAUCAUGUUUACCCAAUCUCGCUGCGGAUAUACGAAAAUUCUCAUUUGUCUUCCAUAGUCGACAAUCUUCGGGAUUAUCAUACCAACGCAUCGCCCCAUUCCACGAUUGGGCUCGACGAAAUUCUGAAAAUCAGUAAUCUAUCAAGCAUUCAAUCUCUCAUACGGUACACGAGCACGUUGGACUUCUCAUACUUUGAUAAGGAAAUGUCGACUUUCCCUUUAGUGAUGCUAGUCAGUGGGAGCCACAAAGUCCGCUUCACUUUAUUUUUCAAUGAAACAGUGGGAAACAAAAAUGCACAAAUUCUCUUAGAUCAUUAUCUGGCAAUUGUGAAAGGAGUUAUUCAGAGUCAGUCCGCCGAUAUCUUGCUUAAGGAUUUACGUUUGGAGUCGAAUACCGAAACAGCCGGUAGGCUCCAAAAAAGUGAUGAUACCAUCCCAGCCAGAUCUGGAACACUCAUUGACUUAUUUGAGGAACGGGUCCGAGUAUUCCCUGACCAUGAUGCCGUGCAGUUCGAAGGCCAACCGGCUGUCACAUUAUCGCAACUAAACGAAUUGGCAAAUAAAAUUGUCAACGGGGCAAAUUUGCAACAAGGAAGCAUAGUGCCAAUCUGCAUGGUAAAAUCGCCGGUUUUGAUUGCUUCUAUGUGGGCCGUUCUGAAAGCUGGUGCAGCAUAUGUCAUGCUCGACCCAGAUGGAGCACCGGAAAGGAAUGCCGUCAUUGUUGAGGAAACCGAGGCAAAGGUUGUGCUUGCAGACAGGAAUACACAAUAUUUUACUCCAAAGUCACUAUGCAUCGAAGAUAUCAUUCAGUGCCAUGAUUCAUCCACAACGAGUAAAAAGGCACCGAAAACUCAAAUUUCCCCUAGCGAUCCUGCAUAUAUUGUUUACACUUCAGGGUCGACAGGAAAGCCCAAGGGGGUAAUUCUUACCCACCUCGCAGCAUUCAACGGUAUAUCCAGCUUCUCGUUGCGUGGAAAUAAACGAAUAUUGCUAUUUUAUAACCCUAUCUUCUCCGCGGCACAGCGAGCAAUGCUUGCCACCGUGGUUAAUGGGGGCUGUGUCUGCAUGGCGUCUAAGGACCGACUUUUGACGUCGCUUGGAAGUGUUAUUUGUGAUAUGAAGAUAGAUAGCGUUGGGUUAACGCCUAGUUCUCUAUCCCUUCUUCACCCUUGUGAUGUGCCCAAUUUAAAGCAAAUUACCUUGACAGGCGAAAAUCUCCCAGGUGACUUAGCUGAGGACUGGGCAAAGGCAGUUGAGCUUAGAAAUUCCUAUGGGCUCAGCGAAUGCACACAAUUGAAUUUUGGACGAACAAUCCAUAGUGCCAGGGAUGUUAGUAUAGUUGGACGACCCAAGGAUACAACAAAGGUAUAUUUAUUGCAGCCUGGAUCAACAAACCCAGUAGCUGUUGGUGUCCCGGGAGAAAUAUGUCUUUCGGGGCCCCAGCUCGGUAUUGGGUAUCUAAAACAGCCAGAAACUACUGCAAAGGUAUUUUUUGACAAUCCGCAUGGCCCCGGGAAGCUUUACAGAACUGGCGAUUUGGGUAUGGAACAUGCAAAUGGGGACAUCCAAAUUCUGGGUCGCAUUGAUUCGCAGGUGAAAAUAAACGGCCAGAGGGUUGAACCCCAUGAAAUUUCCUCCAUCAUUGUUGAGAGUGGGCUAGUCUCCUUUGCGGCGGCUGUUGCUUACUCCAUGAAGGGAGUGAAGAUGCUUAUUGCUGCUGUUGUCCUUCAAAAAGAACAAGAUUGGUUUGAAACUCUUGGACACUUAAGGGUUCAUGUUCAAAGCUAUCUUCCUUCGUAUAUGCAUCCAGCAUACUGGCUUCCUUUUGAAAAAGCUCCUCGCAAUCAAAACGGAAAAACGGAUUAUAAAGCGAUCAGAGAACGAGCAGAUAAACUCGGAACAGAAGGGUUGUUGGCAUACAAUGCAAGACCAUCUUCAGAUGGACUGUCCAGCGACUGGAGCAUUGCUGAAUCCGCAGUCAGAGAGGUGUGGGCAACCAUUCUCAACCUUCCACAAGGUAUUAUUUCAAGACUCAGCUCAUUUAUCGAGCUUGGCGGUAGCUCACUUCAAGCUAUCCACUCUGUUACAGAGCUUCGCAAAAAGGGCUUUGUUGUGGAACUUGAGGUCAUGAUCCGGGCAACAAGUUUGACAGAGGUUGCAGGGGCGCUGUCAGAAACCUUGGAAGCCGAAUUUGAGAACCCAGUACCUUUUUCGCUUGUUGACAAAAGACUGAGAAUUAUGCUUCAAAAUGAAGUAGGAAUAGAAGAUGCCUAUCCUGCAACCGAACUCCAGAAAAAUCUCAUUGCUUCGACAUUUUCAGGAAACAGUGGUUAUCUGUCACAGAGAGUGUAUGACGCCCAAAAACUAGAACUCAGUCGCCUAAAAUCAGCAUUCAACUCGGUCUUUGAGGCAACUCCAAUAUUAAGAACGGUUUUUUUGGAGGAGAAGUGCGACCUAAUGCAAGUCGUUCGGCACGAUAUCUCACUGCCAUGGAAUGAAAUAGAUCACAGUGUUGAGAUAUACCUGAAGAAUGAUCUCGACAGAGGCAUCACUUUGGGCGAAGUUCUUUUCCGAGUGGCCAUAGUACAACGACGCUUUCUUGUUGUUUCUAUGCAUCACGCACUGUUUGACUUUUGGUCACAUCGGUUCCUGUAUGAUGACGUUGCCAGUGUAUAUCUCAGGGGAACAUUAUCCGAAAGGCCACCAUUUACACAUUUUAUCAGAGCGUUGCAAAAAACAGAGCCUGAGCAGCACCACGAAUUCUGGAAAAAAUAUCUUUCCGGGGCCACCGUAACCUUGCUGGGCCACGAUAACAAGCACCCUAGAGCAACAAUCAAAAAAGAGGUUAAUAUGACGUUGAGAGACAAAUGCAAGAGCCUGGGUAUCACUACGGGUGCCGUGAUAUAUUCAGCUUGGGCUCUAGUACUGGCGCAUCAGACUCGUAAUGAGGACGUGUCUUUUGCCACACCGUUGUCAGGCAGAGAGCUACCUGUUCCUGGCAUCGAUGAAAUGGCGGGCCCCACUCUCACCACGGUCCCACAACGAAUCCGCGUUGACUUUGAGAAGUCCUUUGUGGAGAUUGUUAAGGAGACCCAUAGGAAUCUCUGGAGUGUGGCAAAGCAUUCCCAGUAUGGGAUGCGACAAGCAAUGUCUGCUGCAGCGCAGAAUGCCGAUGCAUUUGAUUCCUUGGUCAAUAUCAUCGUGAAUGGGAAUAUGAAACCAGAAGCAAGAAGUAUUUUCCAACAUGUGGGAGACAGGAAGCCUUGGGAGGUCGAAUACGCGUCACUUGAUAUCGAAGAACAUGAUGGCGGCUUGAGCUGUCAAUUUUCCGCCGGAAUGGAAACGAAAAGAGCACAAUUCAUUAUAGAUGAAUUCAUUCGGGUUAUCGAGGUGUUUAUCCGGAGUACGCCAGGUCUGAAAUGUGGAGAAAUCGAUAUCAUAGGAGUGGAAGAGCGAAGCCAUCUUCAAAGUCUUGCGAAGCACGUCGAACCAGAACCAAUGUUACUGCACCAGCGAUUUGAGGAUCUUGCGUGUGCAAGCCCACAUUUAGCAGCCGUGCAGUGGAAAAACGAAAUGUUGCUGACAUAUAGAAUGCUGAAUCACCGCGCAAACUCUUUCGCUCACCACUUGAUAGAACAGGGAGUGAAAAGGGGGGAUAUUGUGCCUCUGUACCUGGAAAAAACCGCGGACGUGUUGAUUGCGUUACUGGGUGUGAUGAAGAGUGGGGCAGCAUAUCUGCCUUUGAGCCCAAGUAACCCUUUCGAGCGUAACUCAUACAUAAUUGAGCAAACCCGGGCGCGUUUGAUUGUUUCCCAUUCUGCCAAUGCCUCGUUCGUGGAAUCCGUCGGUCAACAAGCAGUGUAUAUCGACAGCUUAAGCUUCGAAAAAUUCCCCACACAACCACCAGCGUGCCUUGUGUCUCCUGAUGAUUUAGCAUAUGUUAUUUAUACAUCUGGCAGCACGGGAAAACCAAAAGGCGUAAUGGUCUCACACCGGGCAAGUGCAGCCGCUGUGGGGAGUAUGCUUGAUGCCGAAAGUCGAUUCGAAUCAGAAUGGAGAUGUCUUCAAUUCGCCAAUUACGUGUUUGAUGCCUCAGUUCAAGAUUUCUUUAACACUCUAAGUUCUGGUGGAGUCCUGUGCUUGGCACCACAGGAUCAGUUGCUUUCAGACCUUGAAGGGUCAAUGAAAAGUAUGGAUAUUAGGCAGGCAAUCCUCACGCCAACAGUUGCACGAACGUUCACUCCUGAUAUGGUACCUUCCCUUGAAACGUUGAUACUUGGUGGAGAGCCGAUGACACCAGACAUCAUUCAAACUUGGGCUUCCCAUCGUCGACUUCUCAACGUAUAUGGUCCAACGGAGACAUCAAUGGUGGUGACAACAAAGCAUGUGCGGCAGGACACGAAUCCACGUAAUAUUGGAAAGCCAUUUGCGACGGUUUCGGCAAGGAUAUGUCAUCCCAACAAUAUAACCUAUGUUCCAUAUGGCGCGAUUGGUGAACUUUGUAUUGCUGGGCCACAAGUGACGAGUGGCUAUCUGAAUAGAGAUGACUUGACCCAAGAGGCAUACACUCGUAUGGAGGAUGGAGUUAUAAUAUAUCGUACCGGAGACCUUGCUAGAUGGCUUCCAGGAGCCGAGAUUGAGUGUUUGGGUCGGAAAGACAACCAAGUGAAGAUAUCCGGUCAUCGCAUUGAGCUUGGCGAGAUUGAGGCCGUAAUUCUUCGAUGCAGCAUGGUCCAAGAUUGCGCCACAGUAGUUGCCAACUGCAACGGUAAACCUGUUCUUGCUGCUUUUGUGAUUUUUGAGAAGUCCACAGAAAAUGUCGUAAAGAAUAUCGAGGGCGUUCGGCAGGAACUUAUCAAUCUGAAAAGCUGUUUCUCAGAGUUGGCUCAUUAUAUGGUCCCGAAAUACGUUAUCCCAAUGGGCCGGUUCCCAGCACUACCAUCCCGGAAGACUGACAGGAAACAGCUGGGAAAUAUUUUUCAAAGCAUCGACUUGGAUACGCUGCAAAAAUACUCAAUAGAUGCUUUUGAAACAAAGGCCACUUCUCUGGAGCCUGUGACAACAAAGAAACAAAGGAUACUACAAGAGAUAUGGGCAAAUAUUUUCACCAUUAGCACUUCAGCAAUCGGAGCAAACACAAGUUUCAUCAGAAUGGGCGGCGACUCCAUCUCAGCAAUCAGCAUGACUAGCAUAUGCAGAAAGGCAGGAUAUAAGUUGUCUGUCAGUGAUGUUCUGCAGUUACAAACUCUUGACAAGAUUUCCAGUCGUAUGACCGCCAAUCAGGAGAUGGCAAGCGCGAAGGUGACAAAAUAUAACCCGCCGGAAUCGCUAGAAAUGAAGCUGUUAGAGAGAGGACUUACAUCACAGAAAAUCGAGGACGUGUUUCCCUGCCCUCCAGGACAAGUGGAGUUCCUUAGCCAGGGCCAACGAAAAGAGCAAUUUUGGGUGCUCAUGACGGUUCGAGCGAUACCAUCUUCAGUCGAUAUCGAUGAAUGGCUGUCAUAUGUGUCAAGGCUCACUCGUAUUAAUGGGAUCCUCCGGUCAACGUACUUGCAAACUGAAAGUCAUGAUUGGGUUGCAGUUGUCUUAAACUCGGCAGAGCUAUUAGUUGACAGAGUAUCAUGUUCUCGGGGAGAGAGCGAAGCAAUAGUGGAAGAGAAACUGUGGAACAAACGAUUCGAAUUUGGAGAACCUUUCAUCCGCUAUCUUAUUCUCAAUUAUGAAGAUGGAACUCGAGAAAUCGCCAUUAAAAUGGACCAUGCUUUAUAUGACGGCACUUUGCUUCGCAUUUUUGAUGAACAAUUUCAAGCAAUCCAGGGUGGAUUUUCAAUGCCCGAGUAUGUUCCCUUCGUCCACUUUGCGUUACACCACUGGGGGAGACCAAAAAAAGAAAGUAUGGAGUUUUGGACAGAGUAUCUUCGGGGUUACUCAUUCCAAUUCCCGGCCAGUCAGGUGCCACGCAUCGUUGCAUUCCAGGUUACAAAGGUGGACAUUGACCUCGAGAACUGCGCAGCCCAGUAUGGGGUGACCGUACCAAUAAUUUUUCAGUCGGCGUUUCAGCUGUGGUUGGCGCAGUACACCAAAAUGGAAGACAUCGGCUACGAUUAUCUUUUGACAGGGCGCAACGUGGAAAUUGAAGGUGAUCCACAGCUAAUCAACGGCAAUUGCGCACAGUUUCUACCUGUUAGAAGUAAGAUACGCCAAGCAGAUAGGCUGCAGGAGUACCUUGCCACAACACAGGCAGAUUUCUGGGGGCUGACAGAGCAUAGUAGCCUCAGCUUGGAUGAAAUAUUUGCAGUAGCUGGCCUGUCACGGUCAGAAAUAACCAAUAAAGUACUCUUCCUCUUCCAACCCUUCGAGCCCGCACCAAGCAAACCGGAAAAUGUGAAGUGGGUUCAGAUGAAGGGUUCCCAGAUAACAAUGUACCAGCCAUACUCGUUGGUGAUCGAAAUAAGCAAAUCCAUUGACUCUCAUAACAUUAGAGUAAUGUACGACGAACAGGAUGUGCCAAUUGGACGUGGACUCAGCACACGUGGAUAUGCUCUUAAGCAACUUCGAUGUAGCGGGCAGUUGAGACCCCGCAUCUUUGACUGA